AUGUUCAAGCUUCUUACCGCUGCCACUGUCCUGGCAGCUAGUGUUUCUGCACACGGCGACCAUAACCAGGAAACCUUCAAGGAAGGCCCCCACAAGCAACUGUGGUACAAUGCCCUCCCUGGCGAUGGCGGUACCCAAGCCGAUUCAGUCUUCUCUGGCAUCUCCACCUUUGGUCGUAUCGAGUACCAUCCUUGUUUGGCCAGCGAUGCUCGCAAGUAUGACAUUGCCUUCAUUGGCGCGCCCUUCGACACUGGAACCAGCUACCGCCCUGGUGCCAGAUUUGGCCCUAGUGGUAUUCGUCAAGGCUCAAGACGUCUGAACCUCUAUGGAGGUUUCAAUGUCCCUCUUCAGACCAACCCUUUCAGCGGAUGGGCCACCGUCAUCGAUUGCGGCGACAUUCCCGUGACGAGCUAUGACAACGAGUGGGCCUUGAAGCAGAUCGAAGAAGGCCACAACAGUAUCCUCAUGCGCGAGCCUGCUGCCAACGCACACAUGGUUGGACCUUCGAAGCACGGAAAGACAUUGCCUCGUGUCAUUACCAUGGGAGGUGACCACACUAUUACUCUGCCUCUUCUGCGCUCGAUGAAUAAGGCAUAUGGACCCAUUACGGUCAUCCAUUUCGACUCCCAUCUCGACACAUGGAGGCCCAAGGUCUUCGGAGGAGCACCCUCAAAAGUUGCAUCUGGUCUGAUGCGCAACGAUACAAACAUCCAUGCAGGUAUCCGCACGACCCUGUCUGGCAUGUCCGACUACGACAAUGACGGUUACUGCGGUUUCGAGAUCGUCGAGGCCCGUGAGAUCGACACUAUCGGCACCGAUGGUAUCAUCAAGAAGAUCCACGACCGUGUUGGUCACAAGAACCCCGUGUACCUCUCGAUCGACAUUGACACGCUUGACCCUGCUUUUGCACCUGCAACUGGUACACCCGAGACUGGUGGCUGGAGCACUCGUGAGCUUCGCACCAUCAUUCGUGGUCUGGAAGGCAUAAACUUGGUAGCGGCAGAUAUCGUCGAGGUUGCGCCUGCCUACGAUACCAACGCCGAGCUCACCACCAUGGCCGCUGCUGACGCCCUGUACGAAGUGAUGUCGCUCAUGGUCAAGGCCGGACCCCUCUCCGAGAUGGUGAUUGACAGCAAGAAGGAGUUGAAGUAA